CAUAUGAUGCAUUCCCACUAGCUUGAAGGCACUCAUGUAAAGUUCCUCCUCUCGGUUCCGACAGAAACAAGAGCCGCAGCGUCUUGUUUCUGUCAUUUUCUGUCGUCGGGACGAACCCCACAGUACCCGAAAUGUCUCCAGAUUUCUGUGCUGAAUCAUCUCUGAAGAAGCGGAGUUCGCAUGAAAACACAGACUGAAGCAUCAACUCGAGCAGGGGACGUCGCAGCAAGCUCAGGCAGUUUCGAAUAGUACUUUUUUUUUUGGUAGUUCUUUCGUCGGGUUCAGCUGUGUUUUAUGCGAGUGAAGAAGACGCUAAAACAAUGGCCUUCUUCGUGAAAAAGAAGAAAUUCAAGUUCCAGACCCAGCUGACCCUGGAGGAGCUGAGCGCUGUGCCUUUUGUCAACGGGGUUCUGUUCUGCAAGCUGCGGCUGCUGGAUGGAGACUUCGCGGCCACUUCUACCAGAGAGGAGGUUCAAGAGAACUGUGUUCGCUGGAGGAAGAGGUUUACCUUUGUGUCUAAAAUGAGCGCCAACCCCCACACCGGAGUCCUGGAUCCUUCUGUCUGCAGAGUGUCGGUCAGAAAGGAACUCAAAGGAGGAAAAGCAUAUACGAAGCUGGGCUUCACAGACCUCAACAUGGCGGAGUUUGCGGGUUCUGGCUCCACUGUGCGCUGCUGUCUGCUGGAGGGAUACGACACCAAGAACACACGGCAGGACAACUCCAUACUGAAGGUGAUCAUCGGGAUGACCCUCCUGUCUGGAGAUCCGUGUUUUAAAACGCCUCCCAGCACAGCAAAGUCCAUCUCAAUCCCAGGACGAGAACACACCCUGCAGCUGGACUGUAAGGGGGAGGGAACAGCUGAGCCCGGGCCGGCUGGAGGGGUUUCUCUGGGCCGAGUCGCCAAGCCUCGACCCUCCAUCAUCAGCUCAGGUCUCCUUGAAGAAUCAGAAGUGAACCAGCCCAGCCCUGCAGAAGUCUUCCAGUCUGGUCACUCUCGCAACUCCAGUUAUGCCAGCCAGCACAGCAAAAUCUCAGGCUACAGCACUGAGCACUCCUGCUCCUCCAGCCUGUCCGACCUCACACAUCGCAGGAAUACCUCCACAGGAAGCAGCACCUCUGGGGGUUUGGGCUUCACUGCUGACAUGCCUACAGAGGGUGACAAGGAUGCUGGACGUCCUGAAAGACCCCCUCGACCCCCUCGGCCUGUCUUACCCCCCAGUAGGCCUCUCAGGAGGAAGCAGGACUCCGUGGAGAGUCACCCCUCUUGGGUAAAUGACACUCGCAUGGAUGCUGACGACAUCGUGGAGAAAAUUGUCCAAAGCCAGAAUUUUGCAGAUAUCAACAACACUGAAGACAGCAACCUGCGUCUGUUCGUCAGCAGAGAUGGAACCACUGCGCUCAGUGGCAUCAGGCUUGGAAACAGGGUGUCUGCAGGCGGGUACGAGCCUGUGGUGAUUGAGAGCCAUUAAGGCGAGACCAGCAGGAGAGGCGACGCACCGUCCUGCGCAUCGGUCCCUUCUUCUGUCUCGCCUGUUUUCCUGGAGCUUCAGCUGGUCUGAUGCUGUGAGGGGAAAACCUCGUCAGUUUGCACUUUAUGUGAAAUUUGUGGCAGUCUGCAUGUCUGCGCUCCGCUCAGCUGUUUUUCGUGAUGUUGAGAGCGAUUCAGAGUGAAAGCACUAAUGCACAAAACAUUUCUCAGACUGUCGUGUAGCGUGUUUACCUGCUUCUGUGUUUCAGUAACACAAUUUUCAAGAUUGGAAGAAGUGACAGUAUUUUUAUAUAGAUUUGACCUGUUCAAUGAUAAUGAUACAGAAACCAAAUUCAUAGGUGUGUCCCCAGUGUACUGUCAUAACUGCUGAUCCAUGCUAACUCUACUAGCAGUAGGUGGGAAACAUUCAAAGUAAGAGGAAGUAAACAUGGAGGUAAACUUACUCAAGUUCUCAUUUUCAUGUCUGAGAUACUGCUCACUGUCUGCCGUCACUAGAUUUUGUGUCCAAAACUCCAUACUCAAUACUCAGUUUAUUUUUGGUUUAUCUUUCUGUACCUGUCUGUGUAACCUGAUGUGUAAGUCAGCUUUUUUUUACAGCUGUCAGCAGUUCUUCCAUUUCCUCUCUCGCAACUUAAUGUCAUCACUCCAGCAGUGGAAACUCGCCACACACCUGCUCAGAUCAAUAUCAGAUAUGGAACUGGGACACAGCCGGUGUCAGCCAGCCAGUUGCAUGCAGCCUUAUCUCAGAGCAUGCUAUCAGUGGGGUCUUGUCAGGGACAGUGAUAAUUCUUACUUCAGUGCCUGUCUAGAAUAAACUUUCACUGCUUAAGAUAAACUACAGUAUAAUCCGUCUAGUCUCAGUUCCUCAACGUCAGCCUCUAAAAACACAUUUUAAGCCAAUGGCAGAGUUAAAAAUGUCAUUAUCAACACAAUUCAUUUUUAUGCUUUAUUAGUUUUAUACCAGAUCUAUUUCUUUCUGUAUCCUGUUUUCAGCAACAUACAUCAGCUUUCUAAGCAGACAUACAGCACAUUUAUCUGGACUCUGCAGACUUAGACAAAAUUACCAUCUUUUACUUUUCUGCAGAGAACAUCUUGUGUGUGAUUCAUGACACUGUAUGAGCGCCAGUUACAGACUGUGAGAAACUCCCACCUGCUGUCAGCACUGUGACAGUGACAGGCAGUUCCUGAGGAUCAGCAGCACUGCAGACUGGACUGAAGCUACUUCAUGACAAACUGGGGAUGUACAGAUGAUAAUGGUCUUGAUUUCUUCAUCUAAUAUUAUAGAAUUGUUGCCCACGACACCUACAGCACAAGCUGUUUAUCUGUACCUACAAUCCCUUUGCUGUGUAGUUACAGCGGUUACACAGUAGAUUAUUUUUAAAAUAUUUUUGUAUUGUUGUUUUUUUCUUUCACCGUGAUAAAAAUGAAUCAGUAUGUGAUUCUCGUAUCCGAUUCAUUAGGAAAAAGUUUCCACAUUUAAAUCUUAAAUCAUUAAAAAUACGACAUGCUAAAAUAACUUUUCAUGCAGAGCAAAAAGUCCUAAACUUGAAGUAUAUCGAUGGCCACUGAGCAGCCAUGAAGAUGCAGAAACUCUGAAUCGCUCAAGUUUUUUUUUUUUUUUAAUGUGCGUGUGAAGUUGUUGCUGUUCCCUGUUGACCGGGGAAACCGAGUCAAACCACUUUGUGCCUGUGAAAUUUCUCUUGAAUGACCCUAAAGCACCAUGAAAGCUGUGAUGACUGAGUGCUAGUGAUGGUGAGGGGAGAAAUAAUUGCUCUUCUUUUUGUUUCUUUAUUCUGUUUUUUCUUUGUGUUAGUCAUGUUGUAAUUUGCGGGUGUAGCCAUUUUGGAAAUCCCACUCUAUGCUCCCUGCACGUAAACCACUGCUGCACUGUUGCUUCAUCUCCACAAGGGAUUCAUUUUAUUAAAUUGAGUUCUCCGCUCUCCUCAGAUGUCAGAGGUCAGAACAAAAUGUGAGGUCAGCUGAAAACACGUGUUCUGUGGUACAAACUGUUCUGCUUUCCCAGUGUCAAGUUGAGGAGGGAUUUCUGUUGUGGCUACGACUGUAAAAGCCUUUGUUGCCCCCUGGUGGAGCAACGGCCUGCUGUCAGGUUUUUGCACGAGUCCGUGCUUUUUGGUGUCCACAAGGAUGUUUACUUGGAGUUAGGCCGUGUUGUUUACAGCUGUCAUCAGAUGAACAAACACCAAAGAGGCGGAAAAAAGGACGAGUUUCUGCAGAUCUGACAAACACUGAAACACAGGAACUGUAAUGUUGGCAACCAGCUGGCUGGUUGAUGCUUGUUUUUUGUUAGUUUCAGAAGCUAGUUUUGUGUUUCGGAGUUCUGCACACUCGUCCACUUCACAAUGGAGCAAGAUGUUUUCUCAAACAGAGUUUUAAAAUCAUAUUUUUUUUGGUUGUAAAAAAAGCUGUCGUUUUGAGAAAUAAUGCACCUUUCAAAUGCAGGUUAUUAAUUUAUCAUUUCAUAUACAUUUAAUGGUUGUCAAAGAAAAAAAUAAACCUAAAGGCCUCAACUUUUCCCAUUUGAUUUUAUCUGGUGAUAAUUUGCUUGACUAAUUGUUCGAUAAAUUAAUUAUCAGACCAUAAAUUGUCAAAAAGUCAGACAUCUUGGCAGCCCACAACUAAAACAUAUUCGAUUUCAAAUUGUAUGGCAUCGCCUCACAAACAACUGAUUAAUCGAUGAUAUUUCUGGCGAGGCAACAAGGAACAAAUGCAAGGUUCCUUCUGACAGAACGAUUUUCCUAAUUUACCAUCAGAAUCUGCUUUUAAGACUCCUUGAUGAGUAAACUUAUUUGUGUCAUUUGUCCAGUGAAGCUCCAGUUUUGAUCCUCACACUACAUUGGUUGAAUCCAGCUCAUUAUAGAAGUUGAAUCACUUUACACUACCCACCCUGUUUGUAUUUUGCAGCUGUAUGUUUAUUAAUCGCAUUAUUCUCACAGUUUGGGGAUGAACCACUGCUCUUAUAGUCCAACAUCACCACAGCCUUUAGUAUUCUUUUAAAGCAUCUAUUUAUACAUUUUUGUUCUCUAUUCUUUUUAUGUUGUUUUUGUCUAGAGGUUGGUUAUAAGCUAUGCACACAACUCGCCUCCCCGAGCUUAUUUUUUUCUAUUCUUAAUUCUAACAAAUUAUUCUAUUGUUACAAAGCUAGUAUAACCUAAAUUUAUAGAGAAUGGAACAGUUCCUCCAAUCACCACGUAGUUACUACGACUUUUCUUCGUUGUUGUUUUUUGUGGUGCAGAAAUGACAAUAAAGAGCUAAUCUGAGUUUG